GUACAGUGGGGAACCUGCCAAGAGCUAAGACGACUUUUUCUGCUGCUCUGCUGCUCUGCUGUUCUGCUGUUCUGUUGUUCGGUCUAGUCUAGUGGAGCUUCACUGUCUGCAGCACCAGCCACGCAUUCCCAGCGUGAGCUCCACCAACAGCACGACUCUCCUUGCCCUCGCCUGCCUCCGUCUUGGCGCUUUCGCGCGCUCCCCGUCUCAGCUGAUUCAAAAUGGCCACCGCGCGCUGCUGCGCUGUAGCCUCCGCUCUCCCGUCCGCAGGGCUGACCAGGGCCGCUCUCUCCGGCCGUUGCUCGCAAUGCCGGCCUGUGGCAAUCGCGAGGCGGUCCCUGUCCGUGCGAUGCGCCGCUGCCACUGAGACGAGCAGCAGCAGCAGCGACAAGAGGCAAAUCUGGCUCCCUGGCAGCACGGCUCCGGCUUACCUUGACGGGUCUCUUCCCGGCGACAACGGGUUCGACCCGCUGGGCCUGGCGGAGCACCCGGAGGCUCUGCGGUGGUACGUGCAGGCGGAGCUCGUGCACUCGCGAUGGGCCAUGCUGGGCGUCGCUGGCGUGCUCGGCACCGAUCUGCUGACGACUCUGGGCAUCAAGGACCUGCCAGUGUGGUACGACGCGGGGACCGCGCACUACGACAUCGCCGACGCGCCCACUCUCUUCGCCGUGCAGUUCAUCCUCUUUAACUUUGUGGAGCUGAAGCGGUGGGCGGACUUUGAGGCGCCGGGGUCGCAGGGGGACGACGAGGAGGCGUGGUUCCUGGGUAUUCAGCCCGCCUUCCUGGGCACGGACAAUGGCUAUCCUGGGGGUCUUCUCUUCAAUCCCUUUGGCUUGGCAGCUGAUGCAGUGACAGGGCACAAGGCACGUGAGCAGGAGCUGGCAAAUGGGCGUUUGGCCAUGGUGGCUGCUGUUGGCUUUGCGGUUCAGGCAGCGUUCACCCAUGCAGGACCGACAGCCAAUCUUCUGCAGCACCUGAGCGACCCAUGGAACACCACAAUUAUCCAAACCAUUCUCGGAUAGAAGUACAAUUUAAUGUUGAUAUGCUUUUGUGCAUUUCAACUUCUCUGCAAAAGUGUUUGUGAAGGCAAUGAUAUUGUUGCGCUGUUAAAAUGCCGUUGAAUCAAUAGGAAUGAUCAGUGACUCAUUGACCCCUAAGACUCUUGGCUUGUUUUAUAAGGGCUCUUUGGGAUCUGGGUAUUGGUUUUGGUAC